GCCGCCUUCUCCACCCCAAUACGGAAGCGGCGGGGUCCUCGGGGUCCCGAAGCGGGUGGGUCCGGGCCAUGGGGCUGCCGUGGGCGGCUGGCCGCGCCGAAGGGGCGCCCGCGCGGCUACCGCUCGUGCUCACGGCGCUGUGGGCCGCGGCCGUGGGCCUGGAGCUGGCUUACGUGCUGGUGCUGGGUCCCGGGCCUCCGCCGCUGGGACCCCUGGCCAGGGCCCUGCAGCUGGCGCUGGCCGCCUUCCAGCUGCUUAACCUGCUGGGCAACGUGGGGCUCUUCCUGCGCUCGGAUCCUAGCAUCCGCGGCGUGAUGCUGGCCGGCCGCGGCCUGGGCCAGGGCUGGGCGUACUGCCACCAGUGCCAGAGCCAGGUGCCGCCGCGCAGCGGGCACUGCCCUGCCUGCCGCGUCUGCGUCCUGCGCCGGGACCACCACUGCCGCCUGCUGGACCGCUGCGUGGGCUUCCACAACUACCGGCCCUUCCUGUGCCUGCUGCUCCACGCCGCGGGCGUCCUGCUCCACGUCUCCGUGCUGCUGGGCCCCGCGCUGGCAGCCCUGCUGCACGCCCAGGCGCCCCUGCACACGGCCGCGCUCCUGCUGCUGCCCUGGCUCAUGCUGCUCACAGGCAGAGUGUCUCUGGCCCAGUUUGCCCUGGCCUUCGUGAUGGACACGUGCGUGGCGGGGGCGCUGCUGUGUGCGGCCGGGCUGCUCUUCCACGGGAUGCUGCUGCUGCGGGGCCAGACCACGUGGGAGUGGGCUCGGGGCCAGCACGCCUACAACCUGGGCCCCUGCCACAACCUGCAGGCCGCCCUGGGCCCUCGCUGGGCCCUCGUCUGGCUCUGGCCCUUCCUGGCCUCCCCGCUGCCCGGGGAUGGGAUCACCUUCCCGACGGCGGCGGAGGUGGGACUCGCCGCUUCCUGACCCCAGGAAGGGCCCGAGCUGCACCCGGAGGAGGGGAGGGGGAGGCAGGGUGGCCCUUGAUGCCUGCAGUGGGCAACGCCAGCUCGGCCUUGGCCUUGAUCUUACCCCUGCCCCGCUCAGGCCCUGUGACUCAGGGGCGGCUGGCACGCGGCGGCCAGGCCGGCCUCGCUGCCCUUCUGCCCGGCUAAUCAACUGCUGACUUUCCUGCUCACUGCCCCCACCCCCACUCCCCGUGCUCGCUGGGUUUCCGGUCUGUCCCUAAGCUGGGGCUGCUGUUUCUGGCUGCCCCGACUGUCAGGCCCGAGGGUCCCAGGGGCCAGGGCUCCCCUCCUCGGGACGGCCGCUGGGAUCCGGCUGUGAGAAGUCCCGCACUUCGCCAGUUUCACGCAGCCUCGCAGCUAACAGGGACCACUGGGCAGCGUCUCUCCUCACUCAGCGGGUGAGAAUCUUACAGCUCCGUGAGAUCCUGGGGUCGCAGUGGAGGGGGCGGGGCCAGGGUGAGCCCAGCCCCCCAGCCUGGGAGGCAGCAGGUUAUGGCUCAAGGAGUCCGGUGUCCGCUCCACUCCAGGUCUUUGCUUUCGGCUUCACUGUGCGCAGCUGCAGGAGGGGUGGGGUGGGGGGUGCCAAAGCCCCGUGACGCCUGCUCCUCCAGCUCCCUGUUAACCAUUCCUGCAUAGACUGCAAGCAGCAGGCUCUGUGCGGCCAGCGUAAACCAGAGCUUUCUCCUAGAAUCUCUAAAAUGAUAAUAAAGAGAUACACACACACACACACACACACGCAGCCAGGGAGGGAAGCGAGAGGGGAGGCAGCAGCAGGCCCAGUGGAAAGGGGCUGGCCCCCCAGAACCCUGGGAGGCUCAGGAGCCCCGCCAGUGGCGGGAAGGGGAGGUGAGGCCGAGGCUGACGGUGGGGAUGAGUGAAAGCAGGGAAGGGGCAGCUCCAGAGCCCCCCCCCCGGCCCCUCCCAUGGUCACCCUUCUGGGGCGAGAAGGGGUGGGAGAGCUGUUUGCAGGAGAAACCAGAGGGGUCUCAGGGUUACUGGGGGAGGGAGGGAGGAGGGCCUGGGCCCUGAACAGGGUUGAGUCCACAGAAAAUGUGGGGCGGUCCUCCUUCCAGCGGGCUUGCCCAAGAGCCCCCUCGUUUGAAAUCAGAGAGAGAGAGAGGCCCCGCAAGCCUCCCGUUGGCCGCUUCACCUGAGUGAAGCCCGCACCCACCGCAGGCCUCCCACCUGAGUGCUUGUGCGUCCCUGCUGCUCCCCGAGGUGCACGUGAACGGGAAGCUGGAGAAGCAGCAGAGCAGGCACUUGGACCCAGACACCCCCCUGCGGCCCUGGGGGUCCACCCUCGGCUUGGCCUCAGGGCCAGGCGUGCCCGCAGGGGUCGUGCCGGGGUCGCUGGCUGGUCUGUGGUGUCUCAGCAUGCUGGGGGCUCGGUGUGCCUGGCUCGUGGUGCUGCACGGAGCAUUGGCAGACCUGCCCGACGCCCCUCCCUGCCAUCCCUCACGCCCCGGGAUAUCCUCCUGAUUUUCAUUACAUGGUGAGGAGCUGCGAGAUUAUUUGUAAAACAACCCCUCCCCGGCCCACGCGUGCGGGUCCCGGCUGAGCCCUCCCCGGCCCAUGCGUGCGGGUCCCGGCUGAGCCCUCCCCGGCGGGGGGAGGGGGACACUGGCCGUGCCAGUUCCUCGCUUUGCUUUUCUGACAUGGGCUUGUACUGCUUUUGCGUGGUUUUGUAUUUUACACGAACGGACUCCCCCGGGUUUACUCUCCUGCGCCUCGCCUUUGCCGUUUCACUUUCACACACGAGUGUGCGUGGCUGCGGGCCGCUCCCGUCCCCUGCGGUGCGGUGAUCCGCGGCAUACGCAGUUUCCCGCCCUGGUCCACGGGUCACCUUAGCCACCCCGUUCCCUUCCCUUGAGAAGAAUCCGCCGAGAUCUAUUCUUGACCCCUGCUCUCCCGGAUGAAUUUGAGGGUCAGCUGGUCCUCAGGGCCCACCAAUAAAAACCCCGCUGAGAUCACGAAUGGAACCCACCAGAACCUGUAGGUCAACUUGGGGAAACGGGUAUCUACAGGAAAUUGAAAUUUCCAUGGUGUGUCUCCCCAUCUAAUGUUUUCAAUAAAGUUACAUACACAGA